AUGAGCACAUUCUUAGAUUUCUCGGCCAUAAGUGGUGGUGGAGAUGGAGGUGGCGGGGGCUCGUGCUCAGUCAGAGCGUUUCAUGGCGACCACGGACUUUCAUCAUUCCAGUCAUCGUGUGCUGUUAGGGUAAAUAGCUGCAGUGGGGACGAGCGGUACAUGUCCAGUAGAUCAUCACAAGACUCAAUUAACCCUCAGCCACAUCAAGUCGGCUCGUACCAGUCCCCCGGGACUCUGUCAAUUACCUACAGCGCCCAUCCAAGUUACGCGACUCAAAGUUUUUGCGCCGGUUACAGUCACUAUGCCCUAAAUCAGGAUGUGGACUCGUCUGUGAGCUUUCCCCAGUGCAGCCCUUUAGUUUACUCUGGAAAUAUUUCUUCCACGGUUGUGCAGCACCGUCACCAUCGCCAUGGCUACAGUAGCGGAAAUGUUCACCUCCAUGGCCAGUUCCAGUACGCCUCAGCCACUUAUGGUAAUAGUUCGGAUCAAGCAAACCUUAAGUUUGUGGCGGGCUGCUCAAAUCCGCUAUCCCCUCUGCAUGUGGCUCAUCACGACGCAUGUUGUUCACCUCUAUCAGAUUGCGUGUCAACAGGGCAGACAUUUGACUGGAUGAAGGUUAAACGGAACCCGCCAAAAACAGGGAAAGCUGGAGAGUAUGGAUUUGGUGGGCAGCCAAACACUGUACGCACCAAUUUUACUACAAAACAGCUGACAGAGCUUGAAAAGGAGUUUCAUUUCAAUAAGUACUUGACUCGCGCAAGGCGGGUGGAGAUCGCGGCUGCGCUUCAAUUGAACGAGACUCAGGUGAAGAUUUGGUUCCAAAAUCGUCGUAUGAAGCAAAAGAAGAGAGAAAAGGAAGGUCUUUUGCCCAAAUCUCAGUCCGAAGUGAAGGAUAGUCACGAAAACCAGGAGGAUGCAUCCGAAAAGUCGCUCUCCGCACCACCCACACCCUCUCCAACUUCCCCAACUGUUGAUGCCUACUCCUCGAAUUAAAAGGCUCUCAUGUUUGUUCUGCCAACCUGUUAAUAAUAUUGCAGUACUGUUAGUGACUCUCGUGUCAAGGUUAUUGUCAAAAUCAUCAUGUGACAUCAGUGAAAGUGUCAUACAGAGCCAGUGCACAAUUUACAGAUUUUGACCACUCAGUAUGUGCUGUGUUAUUGUGAAAUGACUGGUAAUUGUCUUGGGCACCUUGUCAAGCACCUAGAAAUAACAAGUUGCUUGUGCAUUUUCGUGCACAGUAAUAGCAAAUGCUGCACUUUUACACGUCUUUGGUCAGACUUGCACCAUUUGUCAAAAUGCCUACCUCAAGAACCAAAAGAAAUAGUGCAAUAUAUUUAAGGGAUGUACUAUUAAGAGAGACGAAUCAAAAGGCUUCUCCAAAGGCUUGGUUGAACAUAAUGACAACUUUUCUGGAUUGUGCAUAGUGUUAACCCUGAUGUUGUGUAUGUGUUGUGAGUUCUGCAACACGAUGAGCAACUUUUUAAAGUUGUCUUCCGGUCGUACUGAGUUUUAUCAGUCAAAGCUCAAGUCUCCUUUAGAAACAUGCUUUAGAAAACGAUCAAGAUACGGGUGAAUUAAAUGUGUGAAUUAAAAUUUCUCUUAAUAACAAUAUAUUUGAACACUGGUGUUUUACUCUUGAUGGUGUCAAUGCCUUGUAUAAGCUUCACACAGCCACACUUAAAUGUCAAAAAAUAUUUCCUUCUAUCCUGAAACUUAAUCUACAAGUUAUUUAACCUAGACCAUAACGUUUAGGUAUGGGUGUCCAUUGAGUUUUUUUUUUUUUUUUCUGGUCGUACUGUUAUGCUUGAUUCAUCGAUUUGCUUGUUAUUGUCCCAAUCCACAGAUAAUUCGCUCUCUGGCUUUUUAACUGAUAUAUGCAUCCGCGAGUGGUUUCUUCCUCAGGGACAAAGCUAUUAGCACAUGGUAAGCAUGAUUAUCCACGAAAGAAGAUGCGCAAUGCUGUAACGGUCAUUCGUGAUGACAACCCUAUUGACCUGUUUGUUUAUUGAAGGGAAACGGAGGACAACAAAAAAAGAGAGAACAUCGAUUAAAUCAUCUCAGCUAUCGACAAGGAUGAGUCGAUCUGACUCCAUCAGUGUUCAUGACAUGUCUGAUUUUUCAUAUCAUAACCUAUCAGUAAGGCAGUAACAUCGUAAAAUAACGAGCAAAAAGUCUGAAUAACAGAUCUGAAGGCUAAACAUCACGUUCAAGUAGACUUAAGAUAUCUUCUGUCGUUUCCUCCCUCCCUCCCUCUCUCUCUCUCUCUCUCUCUCUCUCUCUCUCUCACACACACACACACACACACACACACACACACACACAUUCACAUUCACAUUCAUAUAGGCAUGACCAAACAGCUGCCCACUGAGCACAGAAUAUAUAUUUUAGGACCCAUUGGCAUGCUGUCUUUAAAACACACAAUAUAUUUUUUUAUUUUAGUUAAUUUCAAAAAUGAUUUUCUCUACCUUCACAACGUUUUUGUUUGAGCCACCUGAAGUCCACCUGAACAUGAGGGUUGCGUGUGAGUCUGCAUGGAGCCUAAAUAUCUCCUGGUCUCUUGGGUGCGUAAGUUCUUCUUUCUAAGGCGCAAUUUGUGUGUUUGUUAGUUGAUGUUCAAAAACAUAAUCGUAUUAAUGUACUUUAUAAAACAAUGCAAAGUAAUAGCUUAGAAUUACAGCUGAAUAAUAUCAAAUAAUAUCAAAUAAUAAGUUAUAUCAGAUAACAUUCCUUUAAAUUUAUGAAUAACAUGAAUUUUUAAAUUAUCAAUUUAUGAAUUGUCUCUACAUUGUCGGACAUGCACACACAUGUGAACGCACUGAAAAUACUGUCCACAAUUGAUUUGUCCUCAUGCUGAAGUGACGAAAAAUAUCAACAGAAGAGGGCCCUCUGAAUUUAAUAGUAAUAUAUUUAUUAUGCAUUGCAUUGGGUUGAAAAAAGUUAAUAACUCGAUAAAUUUAUCUAAAUAUUUUUAUCAAAAUACAAAAAAAGUAUAAUAAAAUAAAAAUGAGCAUUAGAGAAACAUUUACCUAAUAAUUUGAAAUGAGUAGCAGAAAAAAGAAAUAGAGGAGAUAAACGCAAAUCAAUCUUAAAUUUCCAUUUUGGGAUUUGAAUGUCACCCUGUUCCGUCUCUAAUCACCAGAUUUAAGCAGGAGCACUCGUGACUGUGAAAACAUAUAUGCGAUUAUGUUCUUGUCAGUGUAGGUAGGCUACGCCAAUAACAAUAACUGGUUACAAUAAAAAAAGAAAGAAAAAAAGAAAAAAAAACAUUUAAGAAACGUUGAGAAAUGGACUUGUUCGUUAUACAAUGAGUAUGUUUUUUAUUUAUUAUUUAUUUAUUUGCCGUGUUUUUUUUAAAGGAAACUUAUAACCAAGUAUUAUAAACUGAAAUGUAACUUAAAUUUCUAUAAAAGUGAGCAUGAAAGAGAGCAAAUUAUCGAAAAGAGCGUUCGUGAAAAAAGUAUAUGCUACGACAUAAAAACUAGAACUCACCUCUAUUAAUUAUCCCAUAAUAAUAACAACAACUUAAUGAUUAUAAUAACAACUUAAUAAAAUAAUAAUAAUAAUAAUGUUUUUAUUGCUGUAAAAAUUUAUUAUUUCAAGCACAUAUUCAAUUAAAGACUAAUUGUUUUCGAAAUCGAGGAGGGAUGCUACUUUGCAUUGACCUGACCCUCGAAAGAAAUCCCCGGGGUCAUUGAAUGGUCACUGAGCCCUGAGAUUAUUGUAUAUAAGAUUUUCACACUGAGUGCUAAAUUUUAUAAUUUAAAACAAAAAUAAUUUAAUUUACAGAGUUUCAUCUAUAAGAAACGCAAACUUACCAAAAUCAGGGCAUAUUACUAAACGCAAUUCCCUUUAAAUGGCUUCACUGAACAUACCUUUUACAGGCGUCAACACAAAUUAAUGGUGGAUGUCUGAAGGCCAUUACGAAUGGGAAGAAAAAUGCAUUAACAA